AUGGCGUGGCCGUGGCUGGUGCUGGUUGCCUGCCUCCUCGCGCUCCCUUCAGCCACAGCAGACUGCCUGUCUCAGUGCUCCUUAUGUGCUGUGAAGACCCAGAAUGGGCCCAAACCCAUCAAUCCACUGAUCUGCUCCCUGGAGUGCCAGGCUGGCCUGCUGCCCUCUGAAGAAUGGAAAAGAUGCCAGGGGUUUCUCAACCCCUCCACUCUCAGGCUCAAUGGCAAUGAAGAUGUGGAGAGCAAAGUAGCUUUGGAAGAGCCCUACAGUGAGCUGGCCAAGCUCACGGGGCCCUUGCUGCAGGAGCUGGAGACAAGUCAGUACCUCUCUGACACCCCAACCAAGGAAAAUGCUCUGAGCAAGAGCCUGGAGGAGAGGCUUCAGCGUCUCUCAGGAGGGAUUGGGGAGGGGGCAGAAUCUGAGCUGAUGGUGGAUGAGCAGCCACACGAUGGCGCUGUGGAGGCAGAUGGCCUUGAUUUCCAAGAGGAGGACCCCAAGGUGCAGGUCAAACGCUAUGGUGGCUUUUUGCGUAAAUACCCCAAGAGGAGCUCUGAGGCGGCUGGGGAGGGCGACGGGGAGGGGGAGAGGGUGGGCCAUGAGGACCUGUACAAACGCUACGGGGGCUUCCUGAGGCGCAUCCGUCCCAAGCUCAAAUGGGACAACCAGAAGCGCUAUGGAGGUUUCCUGCGGCGCCAGUUCAAGGUGGUGACCCGGUCCCAGGAAGAUCCAGAUGCCUACUCGGCAGAACUGUUUGACGCAUAA